AUGACAACUCUGCCGGAACUUCAUGAUUUCAAAAACAAAUUAAAUAAGUGUGAUGUAUCAGAAUCAGAUUAUGAGCAUGCUCAAAAGGUUUGGAAUGAGUUCAACAUCAAAGAUAUGAGAGAGUACACAUUGUUUUACAACAAGAUUGACGUCCUCCAGUUGGCAGACGUUAUGGACAACUUCAGGCACGUUUGCCUUCAAACAUAUAGUCUCGACCCAGCGUGGUACUUCACAGCUCCCGGAUUAGCCUGGUCGGCGAUGCUGAAACUCACUGAUGUAGAGCUCCAGUUACUAACCGACCUCGAUAUGAUUCUAAUGGUUGAAAAAGGAAUUCGUGGAGGUGUUUCGCAGUGUUGCUUGAGACAAGCUCGAGCCAACAACAAGUAUAUGAGUCAAGGCUUCGAUGAGAACAAAGAACCUAGCUACCUGGUGUACUUAGAUGCGAAUAACCUAUAUGCUUGGGCUAUGUCACAGGCAAUGCCAUUCGGUGACUUUAGAUGGCGAAAAGAUACUGAAAUAAAUGUUUUAGACAUCAGUGAUGACGCAGCCACCGGCUACAUUCUCGAAGUUGACCUCGAGUAUCCCGAAGAAAUUCAUGACCACCAUGCAGACUUUCCACUCGCACCUCACCACAUGAUUCCACCUGGGUCAAAAAUAUCCAAACUGGUCACCACUUUGUACGACCGAUCUAGAUACGUUGUACACUACAGAAAUUUAAAACAGUAUCUCAACCUCGGAAUGAAACUAAAAAAUAUACAUCGGGUUCUUGAGUUUUCUCAAAAACCGUGGAUGAAACCAUACAUCGAUUUAAACACUAACAUGAGGACCAAGGCAAAAAAUAAAUUCGAAAUUGACUUCUACAAGCUUAUGAAUAACGCGGUAUUUGGGAAAACUAUGGAAAACCUUCGGAAUAGAGUGGACGUUCGUCUGGUAACCGACGAACGACAGGCGGAUAAAUUCAUUGCCAAACCUACAUUCAAGAGUAGGAAAAUAUUUACGGACCAUCUUGCAGCUGUGCACAUGACCAAAACAUCACUUCUUUUCAACAAACCGAUUUACGUGGGGGCGGCUAUUCUAGAUGUGUCGAAAACCCUUAUAUACCGUUUCCACUAUCAAGUGAUGAAGAGCAGAUAUGGUGAUCGGGUCAUACUCGCCUAUACUGAUACCGACUCACUGAUUUACAUCAUAUAUACAGAAGACUGGUACAUGGACAUGAAAGAAAUGAUUGACGAGUUCGACACGAGUGCAUAUCAAAGUGCCAACCCUUUUGGUAUGCCACGAGUAAACAAAAAGGUUCUCGGAAAAAUGAAAGAUGAGCUGGAAGGUCUGAUCAUGGUUGAAUACGUUGGUCUGAAGUCAAAAAUGUAUGCCACUGACGUAGAGGAAGGUUUGAAUUGUAUAAAAACAUCUAAAAAGGCUAAAGGAAUCAAGAAAUCAGUGGUGGAAAAUGAAAUCACAAUAGAUGACUAUCGCAGAUGUUUGAAGACUCUCGAAGAUGUGUACAGACAAAUCAACAGCAUCCGAAGCCACCUGCACGAUGUUUAUAGUAUGACACAAUUCAAGAAAUCACUUUCGCCAAAGGACGACAAACGGUGUGUUCUUCGAGAUGGAAUAAAGACGCUACCCUGGGGACAUAGAAGAAUUCCUACUGAAUGUACAUAA